CCUUUCCUCACAUUUCUUUCAAAGAACAAAAUCUUUACCACAGAUUUAUUUCACAUUUGAGAGAGCGAGUGAGAGAGAAAUGUGCUUUGUCAUCGUAUCGACAACAUCAAAAUAGCCUUUCAAGACUGAAGUCAGGAGAACUUUGAGAUAGUAUCAGCCAGCCUAGUUACAGAGUAAACAUCCUGUAGCCAUUCAACUAGUUUAGAAAAGACAAAACACACGGUUCUGCUCCAUUGUUACACUCCCAUUGUAAAGUCAAAGGGUUCCAUUAUAUUAGAACACAACUGUACUUUAGAACUAGAAGAGACUCCACUAUCAAAAUAAGAAAUGAUGGUCAACUGUAUAGACACACAUAGGCUGUGAUUCAAUCCAAUACUGUAUAGACACACAUGGACUGGGAUUCAAUCCAAUACUGCAUAGACACACAAAGGCUGGGAUUCAUUGGUCAGCCAGAAAAAUGUCUGACCAUGGAUUUGACCCCACUCUCCGAAGACAUCUCAGGGGGAGUUGGGAUAUGCAACAAACACAUUCCAAUUCCCUCAAGUACACACUACACACUACAAGAGUUAAAUAGGACAAAUAUCAUACUAUAGUCACCAUGCUAGUGAGCCUGACCUGAAUAAUCUCAGGACUGUUUUAAUCUUAUCAUCAUGUCAGGUAUCUACAGUUUCUCUUUCCCUGUUAGGAAACAUGCUUAAACAUGUUGUCUUCAAAACAACAGCAAAAUACAUUCCAUACAGCUCCGGUAAAAGUCCAGAUAGGUAGCUAAAGAGAAAGAAGGAAAGACAGUGGGAUAUGUCACAAAUGGCACAUCAACUGGUAUGGGGCUGCAGGUAGCCUAGUGGUUAGAGCGUUGGGUCAGUAACAGAAAGGUUGCAAGAUCGAAUCCCUGAACUGACAAGGUAAAGAACUGUCGUUCUGCCCCUGAACAAGACAGUUAACCCACUGUUCCUAGGCCGUCAUUGUAAGUAAGAAUUUGUUCUUAACUGACUUGCGUAGUUACAUAAAAAAAAUCCCUUUAUUGUGCACUACUUUUGACCAGGGCCCUAGUGAAUUAUAAAGGGAAUAGGGUGCCAUUUGGGAAGAAACCUACAUGUACCUCCCACAACACAAUCCUCCUUCUUAAAGGCAAGAGAGUGAAGCAUUCAACUUCACCUGGACUUCUGUGAGGUGGAGAAGAGAGCUGAAGUACCUUUCGUGGGAUAAACUUAAUUCCUCAAACGUGAGAUAGAAAAACCAGCAUGGCAGAUGAACGUGUUCCUUUACUAAAGGAGGCAGAGACAUCAGACUUCGGUUCUGUAGAUGGAUUAUACCUACGUGAAAGAACCAGACCCAUAGGUGUUUCGUCAGCCUAUCCCGUGGAGAAUGACAACCAUGUAGUUUGUAUUUCCACAGAUUCAGAGCAGCCAGCUGAUCUGAGGAUAGUUUUGGUGGGGAAGACUGGAGCAGGGAAGAGUGCAACAGGAAACCCCAUCCUGUGGAAAGAUGUCUUUACAGAAGAGGCCUCCUUUGUGUCUGUAACUGCACAGUGUGAGAAACAGAGAGGAGUGGUGGAUGGGAGUAAGAUUGAUGUCAUCAACACCCCGGGGCUCUAUGACACAACAAUGUCUCAAGAAGAGAUGAAAAGUGAAAUAGUCAGGUGUAUAGAAAUGUCAGUCCCAGGACCCCACGCCUUCCUGCUGGUGAUCAGACUGGGGAGGUUCACAGAGGAGGAGAGGAACACUGUGAAGUGGAUCCAGGAGAACUUUGGAGAAGAAGCAUCAAAGUACACCAUCUUACUGUUCACUGGUAAAGAUCAGUUGAAGGGGAAAACAGUUGAAGAAUGGCUGAAUCCUUGUGUUGCACUUCAGGAACUGAUCAGAAGUUGUUUGGGAAGGUACCAUUGUCUCAAUAAUGAUCAGAGGGAUGACCGUCUUCAGGUCAAUGAGCUGCUGAAGAUGAUAUUAAAGAUGGUGGAGAUGAAUGGAGGAGAGCAAUACACCAAUGAGAUGUACCAGGAGGUUCAGAGAAAAUUGAGAGAGGAGGAGGAGAGGAGGAGAAAGGAGAUGGAGGAAGAGAGGAGGAGAAGGGAGGAGGAGCUACGGGAGCAAGAAAGGAGGAGACGUGAGGAAGAAAGGAGGAGACGGGAAAAUAUUGCGAUAGGUUUAACGUUCUACAGCAGCUGUUUGGGCAGUAGUAGCUGGGACUAGAGUUCCUGUUGCUGCUGAAGUAGCAGUGGCUAUGGGAGCAGGACCUAUUCUGUUGGCUGGGGGAGCUGCAUGUGGUAUAGCAGCUAUUGCCAUUUCGGUAAAGAAGAUAAGACGGUAAAAAACAGUAGUACCACAGAUGGAAAUGAGCUACUGUACACAUCUUCAGAAAUUAGUACAAUACUUACAAUAUUAAUGUUAAACAUGGUCAUUGAUGAAUUUAUAAACACGUUAGGUGAUAAAUAAUACCAUGUAUACUGUAGGUGAUAAUGAAUAAAAAAAAUCUGAUCAAACUUUUUGGGGUCAUUUAAUUAAUCUAUUUGUGAUUCAAAAAGGGUUAAAGAGGUAAACUUCUAAUGUACAUGGAAAUAUGGAAAUAUGUCAGUAGACUAUGGUGGUUUUAAUCCUCUAUUAUUUUUGUAUGUAUGUAUUGUACUCGGCUAAGGAAACUUUAAAUGUAUUUUACAUUUGUCAAAUAAAAUCAAUUAAUGAA